UAGGCAAUAUACUUUUCCUUGCACCCAAAUCCCAAACACUCUUUCUCUUUCCUCUAGGGUUUUCCAUCUGAGGUUUUACUCGCAACUCAGCAAGGUUUCUAUUGGGGAUAAAGGUGCAAUUUUGUUUGGGGGGAAAAUGAGGCCUGUUUUUGUGGGGAACUUUGAGUACGAGACUCGGCAGUCGGAGCUGGAGCGUUUGUUUUCAAAGUACGGGAGGAUCGAGCGCGUCGACAUGAAAUCUGGAUUUGCUUUUGUUUAUUUUGAGGAUGAGCGUGAUGCUGAAGAUGCUAUUCGUGGACUUGAUAAUAUUCCUUUUGGUUAUGACCGGCGUCGACUGUCUGUGGAGUGGGCUAAGGGUGAACGUGGUCGGCAUCGGGAUGGUUCUAGGUCUACAACAAAUCAGAGGCCCACUAAAACUUUGUUCGUUAUCAACUUCGAUCCAAUUCGUACAAGGGAACGAGAUAUACUAAGGCACUUUGAGCCAUAUGGGAAGGUUCUUCAUGUUCGCAUUAGGAGGAACUUUGCAUUCGUGCAGUUUGCAACACAAGACGAUGCUACAAAAGCCCUCGAGGCUACACAAAGGAGCAAGUUACUGGACAGGGUUGUGUCUGUUGAAUAUGCUUUAAGGGAUGAUGAUGAGAGGGAUGACAGAUAUGAGAGCCCUAGAAGAGGUUCUGGUUAUCGUAGACGUGGUGAUAGUCCAUAUGGGAGGUCACCAAGUCCUGCAUAUCGCAGGCGACCUAGCCCUGAUUACGGUAGGGCUCGAAGUCCUGUUUAUGACCGCUAUAAUGGUCCUGCUUAUGACAGGCGCAAGACUCCUGAGUACGGGAGGCACAGGAGUCCUGAGUAUGGCAGUGGCAGAUAUCGCAGCAGCCAAUCACCUGCCCGAAGGUCCCGCACUUAGAUGGCCGUCAGAUUGAUGGGGAAAAACUUGUUCAACAUAUGGGUCCUAAAUUUUCGUUGUGGUUCUCUGCCUAGCUGCGUGUGCCCUUCGUAUAAGAAUGAACUAGCCUUUUUCUUUCUUUCCCAUUGUACUUAAGUUGGGGGAUUCUAGGUCAAACUACAGUCAUUACUCGGUUGUAAUAUUCAGUCACAGUUUGGAUUUAUGUGCUGAUCUUUGAUAUGGAGUCCAGAGCCACUUUUUCGUGUUAAUAUAGAUAGUUUUGCUGAUUAAAAUGACCUUUGCCGG